AUCCGAAUUCCGAAAUCUCUAAUUAAUCCAAAGAGUAAAGGAAAAUUAGCCUCUGACUCUGGUACCUACAAAAUAGCACAUUUAAAAUGUUUACAAACAUAAAUUGUUUUCGUUAAAUAUAGUAUUUAAAAACAGGACAGAGUCUAAAUAAAACAGUUAUUUUACUCUAACUCAUCACUAAGUAUCAAUACGUGUUCAUUCGCCUAAUUUACAAGUAUAAUUUUCUAAGUUAGAAAUUCAAACUAAGCUUGGGGUUAAAGUGUUCCUGGUUUUCAAUGAUUCUGAUAAAAUUUAAAACAAGAUGACUUUCGGAAGUUUAAAAACUUUGAACAGAUUUUAUUCAGCAACAAGUUACACAAAAAUUCCUCGAGUAUGUAUUGUUGGAGCUGGUCCUGCGGGCUUUUAUGCCGCCAUGCAUCUUACGAAAAACAUACAAUGCAAAAUUGAUUUAAUAGAAAAACUUCCGGUACCCUUCGGAUUAAUUAGAUAUGGUGUAGCUCCAGAUCACCCUGAAGUAAAAAAUGUGAUAAAUCAAUUUACCAAAGUGGCUCAACGACCAGAGGUCAAUUUUUAUGGAAAUGUUACUCUAGGAAAAGAUAUCACUUUAAAUCAACUAAGACAGCAUUAUGAUGCAGUAUUAUUGACAUAUGGUGCUGAAAAAGAUAAAACUCUUGGUAUAGAAAACGAAAACGCCAAGAAUGUUAUUGGAGCCAGACAUUUUGUUGGAUGGUAUAAUGGGCUACCUAGUAAUAAAGACCUGGAGAUUGAUCUAUCUUGUGACAUGGCUGCUAUUCUUGGUCAAGGCAAUGUAGCUCUAGAUGUUGCAAGAAUACUUUUAAGUCCUAUUGAUGAACUUAGAAAAACUGAUAUUACAGAACAUGCAUUAAAUAUUCUAGCAGGAUCAAAAAUCAAACAGUUGUAUUUGAUUGGUCGAAGAGGUCCACUUCAAGUGGCAUUCACUAUUAAAGAACUUAGAGAGCAAUUGAAAUUAAGAGAUUGUAAGACUGUAUGGAGGCCAGAAGAUUUUCAAAAUGUCAUCAAUGAACUUCCUAAUUUACCACGCCCUAGAAAAAGAAUAACUGAACUCAUGCUGAAGUCUUUGAACGAAAAUGAAACAUGUAGCAUCUCUAAUAAUACAAAAAUGUUUAAGCCGAUUUUUUUCAGAAGCCCAAAAAAAUUCCUAAUUAAUGAUAAAAAUAAUGUAACGGGUAUAGAGUUGAUUUGUAAUAAACUUGAAGGUGAAAAUUGGGAGAGUCAAAAGUGUAUUCCGACUGAUGAAAUUGAAGUGGUGAAUUGUGGUUUAGUUUUCAGAAGUAUCGGAUACAAAAGUAUCAAAGCAGAUGAAGAUGUGCCAUUUAGUAAUGGGCUAGUUUUAAAUGAAAGAGGUUGUGUUAUUGACGAAGCUAAUGAGCUAGGAAAACUGUACGUAGCAGGAUGGCUUGGUACUGGACCAGUGGGUGUUAUUCUGCACACCAUGGGAAAUGCAUUUCAAGUAGCAAAAACGAUUUGUGAUGAUCUGAAAAACAAAGCUGAUUAUAGUAAAAGUGGCUUUGCUGAAUUCAAAGAUAUAGUAAAAGACAAGACUGAUAUAGUUGAUUGGGAGGGUUGGCAGAAGAUAGAUAAGUUUGAAAUUGAAGAAGGUAAAAAACGUGGAAAACCACGAGAAAAGAUUUGUAGUGUAGAAAAAAUGAUAGAAAUAGCUAAAUCAGAAUUUAAAAUUGUUAAGGAUAAUAGUUAACACAAGGAGAAUAAAAUGAAGAAUAUAAUUUUAUAAAUUAAGUCUAUGGUUGUAUUGGAAUGUUUAUUAGACAUAAAAAUUAAGAAUAAGACAAUGGUUUGUGGAUGUAAAUUGUUACAUUAACUUUAUAUAUUGUUUUUGCUACAUAUUUUUAUUUUAAAAUAUUUUAUAUUCUACAUUAAAUGAACGAAAAAUGUUAAUUUGUCAAAAACCACUGGAGUUUUAAUAUUGGUCCUUCUUUUUUAAUGUACAGAGCUUAAUGCUCAGUGCCUCUUAUUGCAUGGUCUUGAUUGCUUCGAUUUUCAAACUUUAAAGCCUGACAAAGGCAUUCUUAAAUGGUUUUUCGUAGAAUUGCAAUAUACACAGUCUUCUGGUUGGGAACAUACACCUAGUCCGUCGGCUGCCGAUCGGUGGAGGUGUGCUGCACGUCGUCUGGCGUACGCCAAGUGAAUGGAGCGUUGCUGAAGGGGUUCGGCUGAACUUCGGCGAUCCGUCAGCGCACGCUCGAUGCCCUAGUGCCAAUACUGGAGGCCUGGUCGGAUAGGCGAUACGGCGUGCUCUCCUUGAGUCUCACCCAGGUCCUUUCGGGCCACGGCUGCUUCGGAAAGUACCUGUGGAGAGUCUGUGGAAGAGAGUCACAUCAGAAUAUAUCACCAGCCCACCCGGACGAUGACGCUUAGCACGCAGUCGAAGCGAACGUUGGGAGCAUCUACGGCGAAACCUAA